AUGAUAGAAGCAUAUAGUCCCCCCAGAGUGUAUAGUGCACGAUCUGUGGAGAGGGCGAUUGGGGAAUACUUGCGAGCAAUAAAGAGUAAUUCAGAAAUUGGAAUCAACGCUGGCAACAUCAUGCUUGGCUUGACACAGAUUCGACAGAUGAGAGUUAAAAAUUCAAUAACAACAACAGCAACAGUAACAGCAACAACUCUCCUUCAGUAUGACGAUCCCUCUGCUGGUUGGCCAAUUGACCAAGAAGAUAGUAAUGUUGGUACUAAUUCUGACAUUGAGUUCUGGGGGCCUUUGAGGAACAGAAUGAUUGUUGAUAGUUUUGGAGGCAUUUCUUGUCUUCCAGAGCUUCUUCAAAAGUUCUACGAAUCAAAGGAGGAAGAGUGUAGUAUGAUUGAAGCAGCCAUUAAAACAAGCCAUAAGGCAUUUGUAAAUGGUUAUGUUAUUGACUCUGCACUCGACCAUAAUUGUGUAAGAGAGGCACAUAAUGUCAGACUUCAGGUUCAGGUUGAUGAGAACCGCAACAUUGGGCAGAGCUACUCUCCAAUCUAUAAGGAUUUCUUUGGGAAGGUCGUUGUUUUCUUUGAGCACAAGCUCAAUAACAAGAGAUGA